AGUCCUCGAUCGAUCAGUGCUACCGCCUACCGCUAGUAUAUAAUGAGGCAGCCUCCAGCUUGGAUCUCUCCAUCAAACCAAGCCAUCCAGAGCAGAGGAGCGCUAAUUAACCAACAACACCUAAGACCUAACUAGGCCAGAUCCAUCCAAGAGCCAACGAGAGAAGCUAGCAGAUCGACAACAACAUGGGGUGCUCCAUGAGCCGCCUCCUCAAGACCACCGUCACGCUGAUCAUCCUCGUGCUUCUUCUCAUGCCCGGGGCCUUAGCCGCCACUAGCUUCGAUGCCUCACGAAGCCAACAGCUGCCGCUGCCGCGAGGGACGGUCAAAGGGCCGGAGAGCGUCGCCUUCGACGGCCAGGGCCAGGGCCCCUACAGCGGCGUCUCGGACGGCCGGAUCCUCAAGUGGAAUGGCGAAAAGCUAGGAUGGACUACCUAUGCAUAUGGACCCGGCUAUGAUAGCAAGACCUGCACGCCGUCCAAGUUCAGCCCGGAGACUGAGGCUGCCAGGGAGAGCCGCUGCGGCCGCCCGCUUGGCCUACGGUUCAAUCAGAAAUCGGGCGAUCUCUACGUGGCCGACGCGUACAAGGGGCUGAUGCGGGUAGCGCCGGGCGGCGGGGAGGCCACCGUGUUGGUCAACCAGGUUGACGGUUUUCCUCUGCGCUUCACCAACGGUGUUGACGUCGAUCAAGUUACGGGUCAGGUCUACUUCACCGACAGCUCGAUGAACUAUCAAAGGUCACAACAUGAGAUGGUGACUCGCAGCGGGGACUCGACAGGCCGCCUCAUGCGCUACGACCCACGGACAUCGGAUGUCACGGUGCUCCAGGCGGGCAUGACGUACCCUAACGGCGUCGCGCUCAGUGCCGACCGCACCCAUCUCGUGGUCGCAUCUACCGGACCAUGCAAGCUGCUGAGGCAUUGGAUCAAAGGGGUCAACGCAGGCACAUCCGAGCCUUUUGCCGACCUGCCCGGCUAUCCAGAUAACGUGAGGCCCGACACCAGAGGAGGCUAUUGGGUGGCAUUGCACCGCGAGAAGAAUGAGUUUCCCUUUGGUCGUGAUAGUCAUCGUCUCGCUGUCAGGGUCGGUAACGAUGGGAAGAUAGUCGAGGAGAUGAGAGGGUCAAAGAAGGUGAGGCCCACCGAGAUUAUGGAGAGAAGCAAUGGCAAAAUCUACUUGGGUUCGGUAGAGCUUCCUUAUGUCGGUGUUGUUAGGCGCAAGUAGAGAACAGUAGAUGUAUAGAAUGCCUUUUUGUUUCUUGUUCUUAUACCACUAAAUGUAAUAUUUCAAUUUGUUUUUUUCUGAUUCGGACAACCUAUUGUAAUCCACAUUUUCUACCAGCGAAUCAUUUGUUUUUUCCUCCAUUUUAACAUGUAUAAAUGCUAAAUUCCAUCAUGUUCUCGGUAAGAGGCAAGCCAAAAAAAACUAUGUAUGGAAGAAGCACUAGAAUCACAAAUGAUCCAGCGAUUGUUGUGGCCUUCUGCCAUGAUCGAUAGUUGGUCACCUCGUCGGCCAACGAAGGGCCCAAGCAUCCAUCAAACUUUACCCGUGCUGGCUUGCUGGCAUCUUGAUCAACUUCAACGAGUGCUACUUACUUUCGUCCGUCGGCCAGGUCCGCCGUCUU